AUGUCGAAUUCCCCGGAAUAUCUAACAUACUUCGUCUCCUGUCCCGACUACGGCCUCAUCGGACCAAUUGGUCUACAUCUCCAUGAUGUUAAGUUUGACAUGCAAAUUCGCGAUCAGAUUUACGAAAAGCACCCACGGCUACAUGACAAUUUCGAUCCCACCGAGCUUCUCUUGUACAAGCCGGAAAAUUUGACGAAAAGAGGCGAGGGGCAGCUUAUUGAUAGAGUAAUGGCUAGCAUCAACGGAAAGGAUCCUCUUGAUGAAGAAGAAGAAAUAGGCGACGUUUUUGGAGAAGGCUUUAGGGACCAGGUUCAUGUGGUAGUCAAAGUAGAGCAUACCUUGCCCAAACGGCGGAGGCCCCCUCCCCGGGAUGAGGAGCCAGAACGUCUCAAAAAGAUCUUGAGGGUGGCCCCAUCCGCUCUUUCCAAGCCCAGCAGGUUCAAAACCGCAACCGGCCAUUCGACCAUUACACCGUUCCCCACCGAGACAAUUCAAGGAUGA